CGCCGUCCGCACUCCGCCGGCGCCCGUCCCGCACUCUUCGGCCCCAGCGCUGCCCGGGGCCGCGGCUCGGAUUCGUACCGGGGCUCUCCCGCCGCUUUCCCUGCUCUGAUUUCGGCUGUACCUCGCGCGGGGACGCGCCCUAACCCACCGCCGCCAUGGAUGCCAUCAAGAAAAAGAUGCAGAUGCUGAAACUGGACAAGGAGAAUGCCUUGGACAGAGCCGAGCAAGCCGAAGCGGACAAGAAGGCAGCGGAGGAGAGGAGCAAGCAGCUGGAGGACGAGCUGGUGGCUCUGCAAAAGAAGCUGAAGGGCACUGAGGAUGAGCUGGACAAAUACUCCGAGUCCCUUAAAGAUGCACAGGAAAAGUUGGAACUGGCUGACAAAAAGGCCACAGAUGCUGAGAGCGAAGUAGCUUCUCUGAACAGACGCAUCCAGCUGGUUGAGGAAGAGUUGGAUCGGGCUCAGGAGCGCUUGGCUACUGCCCUGCAGAAGCUGGAAGAGGCUGAGAAGGCUGCAGAUGAGAGUGAAAGAGGAAUGAAGGUCAUUGAGAAUAGAGCCCAGAAGGAUGAGGAGAAAAUGGAAAUCCAAGAGAUCCAGCUUAAAGAAGCUAAGCACAUUGCUGAGGAGGCUGACCGCAAGUAUGAAGAGGUGGCUCGUAAGCUUGUGAUCAUUGAGGGUGACCUGGAGCGGGCUGAGGAACGUGCUGAACUAUCAGAAAGCAAAUGUGCUGAGCUUGAAGAGGAGUUGAAAACUGUGACCAACAACCUGAAGUCGCUGGAGGCUCAGGCUGAGAAGUACUCGCAGAAAGAAGACAAAUAUGAAGAGGAGAUUAAAGUUCUAACUGACAAACUGAAGGAGGCUGAGACCCGUGCUGAAUUUGCUGAGAGGUCGGUAACCAAGCUGGAGAAGAGCAUUGAUGAUCUAGAAGAUGAGCUUUAUGCUCAGAAACUGAAGUACAAAGCCAUCAGCGAGGAGCUGGACCAUGCUCUCAACGAUAUGACUUCCAUGUAAAUGUUUCUCCAGCUUGUGCCUGUGCCUGCUUCCCUGCCCUCUUUGAUUGUGUGGUUCCGGCUGUGUGAAAUUGCACUCCCUCGCAGUGGGAGAUGCAGUACUUUAGAGAGAUUAGAGGUACAAAAUACCAUGAACCAUUCAUUUACUGUGGCAGAGUGUGGAUGUGUGUGAUGCCAAGCCUGGUAAAUACUCAUGGUGAUUUUGUAAGCUAAUCGGUGAGCUCGUAAGCUCAUGUGUGUUUUCCCAGUGUGCAUCAGUGAUCCUUAUAUCCUGUGGUUGCCAUUUGUAGCUUUGCAUUUAUUCUUCUAGUUGACCUCUGUUCAAGUAUUUUUUUUUUACCAUCAUGUUGAAUUUACCAAAAAUGAUUAUCACAAGAUACGCUGCAUUCAGAGGGUGUUCUUCUGCCUUCGCAGUUCUACUCUGGCGAAGCUCUUACAGAAGUUUCAAGGGGACUCAGAAUUAGCUCUGUUAUUGAUAGUAGAAUGUGUGUGUCUUAAAUUUCCUGAACUACUUGAACUGAAUUCCACUGCAGUUGACUUUUCGAAUGUUACCACUACAUUACAAGUGUGGGAAGUAAAGAUGCUUUGUGGUUUAGACCCAAGGAGGGGACAGCUGAAGCGUUGGUUGUUCGUAUGUAUCUUGCGGAGCGUAAUAGUAAUUAAUUGGUAAAUACCAGAAGUGUGGUAAUACCAGCUUCAGCUAGAAGAGAGAGAGCAUUUGAGGUGGGGAAAAAACCCAGAAAGCAAGCAGUUGUAAGGUGUGAGUAAUCCAUGCAGUGUUUGAAAUGUACUGUCUUCUCCUGCAUUGACGUAGAACUCUGAACAGAGGUCAGCUAAGCUAAAUCCACCUUCCCAUGCUCAUCCCUUUGGUUUGCAUGAACCCUGUACAGCUGGCAUGGGGAAGAGGAGAUGUUGCUUUCUCAAGCGCCUGUGAGGUGUGAUGUUCAGUUCCAGUGUUUCUUUUGGAAGCUGGCACUUUCAGCAGGACUGCGGCUUUGCUCAGAGCUAAAAAUGUGUUUUGCAUGCGUCCAUAUUUUAACUAUUUUUCCCUUUUUCCUUUCUAAUCCCUACAUUUCUUCAUUACUUCCCUCCCUCUCUUCAGCAACUUUUUAUGUACCAACACAUCUGCAUUUGCUCAAUAUCUUUUCAAACAAAUGUUUUUUUUUCUUUUUUUCCCUCCUUUGUAACGGAGGUUACAACUUGUUUUUGUUGUUUUUUUUUUUUUUUUUCAUUUGGGUUAUUUGCAGAUGGAAAACAGGCUUUAAAAUGUAGUCCUCUUCUGGUACAUGAGGAAAUUGCUAUAGCAUUCCAAUCCCAGCAUGGUGUGGCAUUUCACUAGUAGUCAUCCUGGCAUGCUGGAUUCUGCUGUGCUGUUAUUGCUUUUUUUGGACUUCUUUACUGCACUUUUUUUAUUUCCUACCUUAUCUCACUUUUUCUUUUUGCGCAGAUAAUUUUCUUUGCUUCACUUCUCCAAAGACAUCUUCAUCGGGUUGGAUAAAACAUCUUUCCAGGCUUUUGGAUGUUUCAUGGUUCACUGUCCUGUCUUCUAGCUUACUUGGCUCUAUCCUUCUAGCACCUGUUCCAGAAUAUGCUCUUUGUGCUCUGUUGUACAGAAACUCUACAUCUCUCAAUGUAAAAUAAACAUCCCAGCUGUAUUCCUUUGGUUAUCCCCUUGCCUUUUAUUUAUUCAAAUAGCUAUUUUAGUUAUUAAUAAAAAAAAUAAAAAGUUG